CUCCUUUCCCAGCAGGCCUCGCGCGGCCCGGCACAGCGGACACCCAGGACUCCAAGAUGGCGUCAGUCGUACCAUUGAAGGAGAAGAAACUCAUGGAAGUCAAACUAGGGGAGCUGCCAAGCUGGAUAUUGAUGCGGGAUUUCACCCCUAAGGGCAUUGCUGGAGCGUUUCAAAGAGGUUACUACAGGUAUUACAAUAAGUAUAUCAAUGUGAAGAAAGGGAGUGUCGCUGGGAUUUCUAUGGUGCUGGCAGCUUACGUGCUUUUCAACUACUGCCGUUCUUACAAGGAGCUCAAACACGAGCGGCGGCGCAAGUACCACUGAAGAGGGCCCAGUGUGGAGGCGCACUCUGCAUUCCUGACCGUGACCUUUGCCCGGCACCCCGAGCCCUUUCAUAUCCUGAGAACCCAAUAAAAGAUGACUGGUA